AUGCUGCCUAGCACUUUCAAAAAUGAGACCAAAGAACAGGAAAUGGCUCGGAAAAGGCUUAAAGUUAAGCUAGAAAUGGCAAAAUUCUUACAAAAUACGCUCGAAGAGUCAGUAACAGUAAUCAAGAAAAAUGACACCACAAGAACAUCCAGUGUAGAAGAAUUUGUUCAAUUUAUGAAAACAGAGGAGGAUGUCAAGUUGAGAUUGGCAGAGGAGAGUGGAGAGGUUAUUUCCAACACGGACAGACUUGUUGUUGUUCUCAACGAAGAAGAGGCCAUUAAGGACGACCACAGUGAGAAGAGUCCGGACAUAUCCGCACUCCCUGAUGAAAAUAACGUGGAUCAUGUCAACGUUCAAUGUGAUGACUUGGAAACGAUUGAGAACCUCCUAAUUCAGGCAGUCGACCACCGUAAUCUGAGUUUGUCCUCCAGAGAAUUCCGUGAAUUGCAGGAUGGGAUCACGGAAUAUCAACAGGUUUUUGAGGCAAUUGGUAAUCCUGACUUUGCAUUGAGCAGUGAACAGAUAUCUGAUAUGCUUAGACUUACUCAAAGGGAAAAUGAGUUGAAGGACAUACAAGUGGAAGAAGAUGUGACCAGUAAAUAG